GUGGAGGGGCCCAGGACCGUGCGGGGAUUCCUGGGGGGGUCCCUCUCGGUGAACUGCACAUACGGGGUCGGCCAGGAGAUGAAGCCAAAAUUUUGGUGCGAACCGGCGACAAUAGUUUAUACGUGUGCUGAUGACAAGGUCAUCACCUCGGAGCAGGAGCCCGUGGUGUGGAGGGGCCGAUUCUCCAUCCAGGACAAUCGUGCACGGCGGGUGUUCCCGGUGACCGUGCAGGAUCUGGCUGUGGGGCAGCUACCGCUGCGGGCAUCGCCCUACACCCCAACCAUCGAAGACCCUGAUCUCACUAGCACUGUAUCAGAUCCCACACAGAAAACUCCCCGGUGGGAACCUGUGCAACCGGGAUCAAAUCUCUCCCACCACAAAGACUCCAGCCCUCCACGCUUGGAUGUGGUUGAGCACAUCCUCACUCCAGGCAUCGUAGUCGUUCUUCUUUUGCUUGCAGUUGCUGCUGGCGUUUUGGUAAAACUGUCCAGGAAGAGGAAGCAGGCCCUCUCUGGAGCAGCUGUAGAGAUGGACAGGACCCGCAGCGCAUCGCCCACAGGACCAGAUGCCUUGAACUACGCGGACAUUAACCACCGCACGGGCACAGCCGAGACCCAGUUGUACAGCAAUGCCGAGGCUUUCCGCUGCUUGGCAAACACCACGACGGAAUACACGGAGGUCAAGCGGAGCAAUAAG